CACCGACCACCUAAAGGUGUAAGACAGGCGUUUAAAGCGGCACAGUCACGUUCUAAUUAUGUCUUCGGUCGCUCGGGAUGCUUCGACUGGACGUAAUUCACUCUUAUCGCGUCGACUAGGUAGUAUCAAACAUGGCACAGUUUAGGAACUUUGUUUCAUGCCCAUAUUGAUUGUUUCAAGCUGUCGCCUCCUGGCGCUUACCAGUAGCAAUGAGAAAGCUAAAAGGACCCCAUCCCUAGACAAUGGUGUUGUUUGGCAAGCCAUCUACCAUGUUUCCUUUACAGCCUCCGCCAAAUACUAUCAUCUCCUUAAUUCCUACGAACGAUGAUGCGAAGAGCCUACUGCACCAUGAGCAUAAUAGACAUCUAGUGUCAGAAGUGCCACAGGCCAAAACUGACAGAAAAGGAUGUGUUCGUCUCGGAUUCAACCUUUCUUUCGCCCUCUCGACAGAGGCACGAACUACAUUGGUCACAAUUGGCAAAGACAAGACGCGAUGCCAGAUCUUUGCAGACGGUUCCUCGAUAGGGAAGGUACACUGUACCAUUGAGAUACGAGAAGGUACAACAGAUGUGUUCAUAAUGAAGCGCACAAACAAAGGUUCAAUCGGAUUCUUUAAUAAUUCUCCCACCCCUUUGAACAAGCAAGGCCUUGCGCCCUUGGGUCCUGAGACGAAUACCAUCUUCGGCAUCGGACAUCGGAAAGGCGAUCUUUACGUAUUCGCGGUAUAUUGGCACAGGGAUCUGGAAUGGCAAGCCCUCGCAAACCGACAGCACCUGUUGUCUCAGACGAGAAGUACCGAGAUUGAAAUGGAGCCACACGAAAUAUCUCAGGGCGAAGCAAGAAGAGUUCUGCGAAUCCAUACCACACGGACACCUGCAGGCAAACUACGCAUGAAUUACAAGACCAUCAAUGAACUCGGGUCAGGAACUUAUGGAACAGUGACCAAGGUCCAAGAUGUGGACAGUGGUAACUUGUAUGCAUGUAAGAAAGUGCGGCUACCUGAUGUCCACAACGACUACACGAGCUUUGCGAAGACAAAAAGGGAGGUCGAGAUACCGUUCAAAUUCAGUCACCCUCAUAUUAUCAAGUAUGUCUUUGCUCAACGAAUGGACCAGAAGGGCAUUGCAUACUUCGAGAUCUUCACAGAAUUAAAAGAUGGCAGUAUCGAGGACUUGAUUAGGAAUGGGGAGAUGUUUGUGAAGCAUAAAUCUCUCGGCAUACAAGUCUUGUUGAGCAUGCUACGAGCCUUGGAAUAUAUCGCUGAUCAAGGCUUCAUCCACCGCGAUAUAAAGCCCGCCAAUAUUCUCUAUAACAAACUCCACAACGGCCAGUUUGAGUUCUGCCUUGCCGAUUUUGGUCUCGUCAACAUAUCAUCGAAUGCGCGGACCAUAGCAGGAACACCUGUAUUCUACGCCCCAGAAAUAUUGAUGGACGCUGGUGCACUGCAAACCCCCAAAGUCGAUAUCUGGUCCCUCUUCGUCACGUACGCCUUCAUGAUCAAUGCCAACGGAUUGAGGAACAAACUCACGGAUAGAUUUGAGGAGAACAUAAAAGCAGUGCGGGAGGCUGUAGACAACGAACGUUGCACCGAUCUGGAGCCGAUGACUCGUGUUUAUCCAGCACACCGCGCUAGCGCACGGCAGAUGCUGCAAAUACUCAACAACGGGGUCGGUGCUGCAGAGGGCAAGACACAGACAAUGGAACGUACGAGGAUUGCUGCGCCGCUAGCGCAGUCCAAAGCCCUUAAAAGGAUCGAAAUGGUCGGCCCAUCAAAUCCACCGAAUCCAGCUGACCGCAAGGAGGUCAAAGACCGAGGAAUGUUCGUGCUUCAGACACGCCAGCCAUCUCAGCCUAUGAGUUCAAAGGGCUCGAGUGGUUUGAUGUCAUUGGAUAUACCACCAUCGAAGCUUUCCCAGGAGAAAGAGAAGAGCAAAAGGUUCUGGGGACCCCCCCGGAGAACUAGUUCUGGCAUGUCGGGAAUCGAGUAUGAGUGAGUGGGAUAUACUGUAUGGUUACUUUAUGGGACUGGAGUACUGUGUCGUAAAGCGCGUUUUUACUCUAAAUUGAUUGUGUUAUCGUAUGCUAUUUAGACCAAAGUGUUCAAGCUAAGCAAAGAGUCUAUUCUUUUGAUAAUUAGUGAAGUUUUAACGUUCAAG